AUGAAAUGCCUCUCUGAGGUAAUUAAAGUCUCGAAAGCAGACACAUCAUUCUCAAACCUGAUAUGUGACAGCAGUGCGCGGCUUUGUUUGAUGGCACAAGCCGUUUUGUCUUCGAGAGGACAACGAGCUUUAAGCAUGGAGAAGAUAUGGUUGUUUAGCCGCCCAAUCGAGCUUUCUUCAUCUCUUCCAACAAACCGUCCCGAUGGGUCGCACGCCCGACACACAUGUUUGGCCUUGUGUGUCCAUAACUCAAAAUAGGUGACCAUCCCUUUCUUACACAUUAAAAAAGAAGAAAAAAAAAAGAACAUUCAGACAGAGAAUGAGUGGAUUCGACACCUCUAAAUGUAACUACAUAUGCAUUCAUUAGAACAAAACGAUUAUAAUUUUAUUUUGUAUAUCACUUAACAUAUAAAAAGUUCAUAAACAAAACGAUCAAAAAGUUUG